AUUUGUUCUGAUUUCCAAUUGGUUUCGUUGUGGGCAGAGCACUAGAGCAGACGCACAAUCGCUUUCACAGAGUCCAUAGCUGAAGAGAACCCCACACCCAGAGAAGAGGGAUCAUGGUAAGCGCAUUCUGGGGAACAAGAGUAAUGGAGAUAGUGAAGAAGCACGACUCAGGAGGUCUAGUCUGGAAGAGAAUAAAACUGACCACUACCCGUAAAGCCAACGCCAAGAAGCGACUCCUCAGGGUUUGGCAGAAUGAAGCUGUCUUGAAGGCAUGUGCUGAGCCACCGCCUUCAAAAACUUCUGUAGCUGAUGUUGUUGGUGUUGCAGAGAAAGCUGGCAUCAACAGCCAAACUUAGCUUGCGAAAUGAGUGAGAAUAGGUCUCAAGGAUGUCAUGUGGUUGCAAAUUUGGUGAACACAGUGUUCAUUCCUGUGUCUGUCUGGGAUUAUUUGCGUUUUAGGCUCUGAUUUUAGUUUGUCUAUCGGACCGACUCCGAUGUAAAAGGGUUUCUAGAUUCUAUAAGAUUCUUUUUAACAUAGAUGGAACUUAAGGUUUUUUCCCCCCCUUUUUUAAGCUCUUGAGCAAAAAUCUGUAUUGACCUUUGUGUGUUGGUAGCUUGUGCAAUCUGCUUCAUACCAUUAAUAUUAUGCUGUUUGAUUA